AUGGAACUUGAUUUUAAUCUACGCCGACCAUUCAAAUGGAGAUUUAUCGUCGCUAAAGUCAGCAAACCAAUCAUCGGUGCUGAUUUUCUUCAACAUCACCAGUUGGUCGUCGACAUCAAAAAUAGAAGAAUCAUCGACGGGAAAACCAAUCUUGCAUCUCAGUCUUUAGUACAAGCAACCAAUCUGCCCACAAUAAGAAGCAUAGAUGUGCAACAACCGUAUCACAAGAUCCUCGAAGAAUACCCUGGUAUCACAAGAAUAACUUCAAUGAAAUUAACACCGAAGAACGACGUUGAGCAUUUCAUCGACACCAAUGGACCACCACUUCAUUGUCGUGCACGUCCAAUCGCACCACACCUAUACGAGCAAGUUCGAAAGGAAUUCGAAAACAUGAUUGAGCAAGGAAUAUGCCGUCCAAGCAAAAGCCCUUGGUCAUCACCACUUCACAUUGUACCGAAGAAGAACGGAGAAUUACGAGUUUGUGGAGAUUACAGAAGACUGAAUUCUAUUACCACUCCUGAUCGCUACCCAAUACCGCGAGUCAGGGAUUUCACUCAUCAACUAUCAGACAAGACUAUAUUCUCCACCAUCAAUCUCAACCGAGCUUACCAACAAAUAAGAGUCCGCGAUGAAGACAUAGAGAAGACAGCAAUAAUUACCCCAAUGGGAUUAUUCGAAUUCCCAAGAAUGAUCCCAGGAUUAAAGAACGGAGGUCAAACUUUCCAAAGAUUCAUACACGAAGUACUUCAUGGACUGGAUUUCGUUUUCGCAUUUAUUGAUGAUCUCCUUGUUGCAAGCCCUGAUAAAGAAACGCACGAAACCCAUCUACGCACCGUGCUACAGCGAUUAGAAGACAACGGAAUCACAAUCAACCCUUCGAAAUGCAUAUUUGGACAGCAAGAAGUUCAAUUUCUUGGUUUCACCGUCAGCAAGGAAGGAAUAAAACCGCCUGCCGAAAAAGUCAGAGCAAUCAUCGAUUAUGCAAAACCUAAAACUAUCGAAGAGCUAAGGCGUUUUCUUGGGAUGAUAAAUUUUUACAGAGAACACAUACCUAAAGCCGCUGAAAUCCAAGCACCACUUCACGCCUACCUUCACAACACGAAGAAAAAAGAUAAAACGUCAAUCGAAUGGAACGAUGAAGCCACGAAGGCAUUUGAAGCUUGUAAAAUUGCGAUCCAAAAUGCAGCUUUACUCGCUCACCCAUCACACGAAGCAACCCUUGCUAUCUUCAGCGACGCAUCCGAUCUCUCAGCAGGAGCAGUUCUCCAACAAUACAGCAAUGGGAAAUGGCAACCACUUGGAUAUUUUUCGAAGAAGUUCUCCGAUACUCAACGUAACUACAGUACAUUCGACCGAGAGCUACUCGCUAUUUACAUGGCUAUCAAGCACUUCAGAAAAACGUUCGAGGGUCGAAACCUGAUCGUUUUUACCGACCACAAGCCAUUAACAUAUGUACUUCCAAAGAAACCAUCACUAUCGGAAACACCACGAAGAGCAAGACAACUUAUUUUCAUAAGUGAAUUCACGACCGACAUACGUCACAUCAGUGGAAAGGACAACAUUGCCGACGCACUCAGUCGCGUACCAAUCGACAGUGUAACGUGCCCUACAUCAAUCGACUAUCAUAAGAUCGCCGCAGCACAAGACAGAGAUAGUGACAACAUAAAACAUCUAUCGAAGCAAGGUAACUUGUCCAUCAAGCAAGUUACAAUGCCAAUGACGCAUCUACCUAUAUACUGUGAAGCCUCAACGACAACCAUGCGACCAUACAUACCAGAAGAAUGUCGUCGCGAAGUCUUCAAUGCACUACACAACAUUAGUCAUCCAGGUGUUAGAACAACAAGAAAACUCAUCACUGAAAAAUUCUUUUGGCCUGCAAUGCAAGCGGAUGUUGGCAACUGGGCGAAGCAAUGCAUUCAAUGCCAAAAAUGCAAAGUACAAAGGCAUACAUCAAGUAGUCUAGCUACAUUUCCACCCACGGAGAGAUUCGAACACUUGCACGUUGACAUCGUUGGACCAUUACCUACUUCACCGCAAGGACAUCGUUAUCUCGUAACAAUGAUCGACAGAACAACAAGAUGGCCAGAAGCAAUACCUACCGAUGAUACUUCAGCCGAAUCCGUCGCGAAGAUAAUUUAUGAAAAUUGGAUUACUCGUUUCGGAUCACCUAAAACCAUCACAACGGAUCAAGGAAGGAAUUUCGAAAGCAACCUAUUCCUCAAACUUCUUCAAACUAUGGGAAUACAGAAGACGCGUACAACAGCAUACCAUCCUCAGUCAAACGGAAUAAUCGAACGAUGGCAUCGUACAUUAAAGACUGCACUCAAAACUCGUUUAUCUCAACAUACAAAGUGGAUUGAUGAGCUACCUACAGUGCUACUCGGACUACGAGCAACACCGCGUGCAGACACUAGUCUUAGUGCCGCUCAGCUAACCUACGGCUGCAGCAUAAGGCUGCCGUGUGACUUCUUCAGUUCAGCAGCGUCAAACAAACAAGAAAUGGAUUACGAUUUCGUAACUAAACUUCGAGAAUCAAUUAACAAAGCCUUAUCGUUGAAAUGCACCGAAAUGCAAUCACACAGAAAUAAUAAAUCAGUAUUCAUUCACCAAGAUUUGAAAACAUGCAAACAAGUUUUUGUAAGAAACGACGCAAUGAAAAAACAAUUUCAACCUACCUACGAUGGACCGUAUAAAGUAUUAGAGAGAAAUAGCAAGACUUUUAAACUACAAAUACCCGGAAGGAAAUCUACGAUUAUAUCGAUCGACCGACUAAAGCCUGCCUAUAUUAUUAACGAGGAUACUGCAGAGGAUUCAUCAUCAUCAUCAAAACCACCAGCGAGGAAGCUUGAAACUUCAUCAUCUACAUCAACCCAGUUGAAACCUAUUUUAAAAACUACGAAAUACGGGCGAGUCGUCAAGCCUCCGGUAAGCUUUCGCUGGGGGGAGAGUGAUGUAGCAGCCAGAUUAAUCAAACCGAAACGGGAAUAA